CAUAGCAGUGAAGGAAAUCUGUGUAUAAAAAGAUAAGGGAUCUUGUCUUUCGCACUGCAUUUGAAGUGAAUAAACAAACACAAUGGAUAGAAGAAGGUUUGCCUAUAAAGUGCUGGUGGCUUUGUUGCCCCUUUUGCUCUGCUCCUUGAGUUGUGUCAAUGCUUCAUCAUCAGACCCAGCACAACUCCAUGACCAUGUGGAGCAACACAAGAGGAAUCUUCUUGCUAAUGGCCUUGCUAGAACUCCUCCAAUGGGGUGGAACAGUUGGAAUCAUUUUAGCUGUCAAAUUAACGAAAAAAUCAUCAGGGAAACUGCUGAUGCCCUUGUUUCUACUGGUCUUUCUAAGCUUGGAUACACAUAUGUCAAUAUAGAUGAUUGUUGGGCUGAAUUAAACCGGGAUGCUCAUGGUAAUCUGGUAGCAAAAAAAUCAACAUUUCCUUCUGGAAUCAAAGCUCUUGCAGAUUAUGUUCACAGCAAAGGUCUUAAACUUGGAAUUUAUUCAGAUGCUGGGUAUUUUACUUGUAGCAAACAGAUGCCUGGUUCUCUUGGUCAUGAGUUUCAAGAUGCCAAGACUUUUGCGUCAUGGGGUAUUGAUUAUUUGAAGUAUGAUAACUGUAACAAUGAUGAAUCAAAACCAACUGAUAGAUACCCUGUUAUGACUCGGGCUUUAUCAAUGGCUGGUCGUCCAAUCUUCUUCUCACUAUGUGAAUGGGGAGACUUGCACCCUGCUUUAUGGGGUGCUAAAGUUGGAAACAGCUGGAGAACUACCAAUGACAUUAAUGAUUCAUGGGAAAGCAUGAUUUCAAAGGCAGACAUGAACGAAGUUUAUGCUGAAUAUGCAAGACCUGGUGGUUGGAAUGAUCCUGACAUGCUUGAGGUGGGAAAUGGAGGGAUGACAAAAAAUGAAUAUAUUGUUCACUUCAGUUUAUGGGCCCUUUCCAAGGCUCCUCUUCUUCUUGGCUGUGAUGUUAGAAAUAUGACCAAAGACACUGUUGACAUUGUAACAAAUAAGGAAGUUAUUGCAGUUAACCAAGAUUCACUUGGUGUGCAAGGUAAGAAGGUUAGGAUGGAAGGUGAUAUUGAGAUUUGGGCAGGUCCUCUUUCAAGGUACAGGGUGGCUGUUGUCUUGCUAAAUCGUGGCCCUUGGAAUAUUUCCAUUACAGCAUAUUGGGAUGAUAUUGGUAUUCCAUCAAAAAGUGCUGUUGAAGCAAGAGACCUUUGGGAGCACAAGACACUGGUGGGACGCUUUAAGGAAAAAUUGACUGCCCAAGUUGAGCCACAUGCGUGUAAAAUGUACGUGCUGAAUCCAGUUGCUUGAGUUCUGAAACAGAUUUUGGUAUUGCAGCUUGUGGUGUCUGUCAAUAUUGUUUUUCUUACUGAGUUUCACUUCAAUAAACAUUUUCUUGUGCUUCUGUUCAUAGAAGCUUGCUACGUUGCUUAGUGUACAAAGCUGCUCAAUGGAAGCAGUCACUCAGAUGAUAAUAAAACUGUUGACAUGCAGAAUCAUUCCAGCAUUGCCAAAUUUAAA